CUCUUAUUAAAGAAAACAUAGAGCCUUUUGAGGGCAUCAAACACAAUAUACCCUCUCGGGGCGGAGCGAGACUCGGGGAAGGAAAGAGAAAUGUCCACCGUGAACGCGGAAGCGGAUUCCCAAGAGAAAGUGCCUGCGCAGCCGUCGGCCAACAACACAUCGUCAUCAUCACCAUCAUCUCCGGCUGCCGAAGCGUCUCGAUAUCUAAUUAAACGACCCAAGGCGCUACAAUGGUUUCACAACGGCACUCUCGAACGAGAAUCAGAAGAGGAACGGCAAGCUGGCCGCUUCGAAUUAUUUCUCGACCUGCUGUACGUGGCGCUCGUGGCCAAUUUCACCGAGAACCUGGUCGAACACCCUUCCGGUGCUGGACUGGUCAAGUAUCUUUUGAUCUUCGCGCCGGCGUGGCACGUCUGGAGCGACCUCCGCGAAAUCAUGAACUCGUACUACACCGAUGAUCUGGUCCAACGCGGUGUGAUACUCUGGGUUAUGGCCCUGCUGGUUCUGUACGGUAACAACGCGACGCUCGUAGCCGAAGAUAUUGGCGCCAUGAGGACCGCCGUGGGGGCUUUCAUGACGGCUCGGGUGACCGUGGCGUCUGUCUAUGUGAUUUCGUCGUUUGCGAGUUUCCAGCAUCGCGCCCAAGCGAGGGUCAUGGCCGCAUUCAUCCUGCUGGGUCUUUUGAUCUGGAUCCCACUGUACUUUGAGAGUGUCAGCAUAAGAGCCAAAAUUGCUGUCGCGGUAGUGGCAAUCGUCUACCAGGAGAUCGCAUGGAUUCUCACCUUCGGCACGUGGAUGAAGCGAUACCUGCGCCUCGAGUACAGUACCGCUGUGGACAUUUCCCACGAGAUCGACCGACUCGCCGCCUUCUACAUCAUCAUUCUAGGCGAAUAUCUGUACAGUAUUGUCGUCGGGGACCCUGCUGCGGUCGGACUCAACCUCGGCCUCUUGAAAGCGGUGUGGACUCUGAUCAUUGCAUUUUGCUUGAAUUGGUUAUACCUCAAUGGCGACGGCGGCGUGGACAGCAUACACCCGAUCAGGCGAUCCGUCGUCACGGCUUUCAUGUUUUUCAGUCUCCAUAUGCCCCUUGCUGCGUCGUUGCUGGUCGGGGGGCACGUCUGUGCGGUCAGCGCUGGACAGGAAGAGCUCAGCAAGGGUGAGCGUUGGCUGUUGGGUGGUGGGCUAGGCGUGGGCAUGUUUUGCCUCUGGAUCAUGGCCGUCUUGUUCCGUGGACAAGGCUCCCAUGAACUGAUCAUGCCCAAAAUGCUCAGAACAGGGAUGAGAUUGGUUGUCGCCAUCAUCUUGGUGCUAUUGCCAUUGGCCCAUGAAGAUCAUUUCAACCCAGUCCAACUCCUUAGUACAGCCAUGGGACUGAUCGUGUUCGUGACCAUCUGGGAGACAGUUGGAGGGCUUAUGAAGGGAGCGAGAGUGUAUGAGAAAUGGGACGCGAGGAAUCAACCACGGCUUUGAGUAUGAACUAUACCUCUGUAAGUCCUGGAAACAAACCAAGCACAUGCAUAGGUUUGUCUACAUCUGGUG